AUGGACCCCAAAUAUUUUACGGCUGCCCAACAAGGCAUGCCAAUGUCUAAUCAACAACAAGCUGUAAAUACCCGGAUGAUGAUGGCGCUUCAACAGCAACAGCAGCAGCAGCAGCAGCAACAACAACAGCAAUCGAACGAUCCAUCGCUACAGUAUAAUGCAGCCGCAGCAGCUGCCGCCAUGGGCAACAUGAAUUUCAGUGGUACACCAAAUCUUGGGUCUAUGGCGUUUGCACCUCAAGCCGGUGGUGGUGGUGGUGGUCCUGGUGCUAAUACUGCUGGCGACUUGAGCCAAUUUGAUCAGACUGAUCUAAUGGGCAUGAAUCCAUUCCUUGGCCAAAUGACCACCCAACAGCAACAGCAGCUGCUAGCUCAAAUGCCACAAGCAGCGAAUUUACAUAACUUGAACCAACAGCAGUUAUUACAGCAACAACAACAACAACAACAGCAGCAGCAGCAUUCGUCAGCCCAACAGCAACAACAUGGUCUUUAUUCGUCACCACAGAAUAUGGGCCCGUUCCCUGCUAACGCAUCUAAUGGAGCUUUGCAAAACCAGUUGCAGCAACAGCAAAACAGAGGAAUGUUUCAACCUGGUGAUAUGAUGUCGCCCAACACACCGCAAAGUUUACUGUUCCAGCAGCAGCAGCAACAACAACAGCAACAACAAAUGGCAAUGAAUAGAGUACGUCAAUCCCCUAGCCAGUCUCCCGCGUUGAACAAUGCACAUUUCCAAGGCUCACCUGUUAUUGGAGGUAGUCCACAGGUUGGAAGCAAUCGAAUGCCUAAUGAUUUUGCUGCAUCGUCACCAAUGGGUACAUCUGUAUCUUCUCCAGUUCAGGGACAAACACCUAGUAUGGGCGGACCUGGAACACCUAUUAAUCGAGUGAUCCCCUCUCAAAUGGGCCGUUAUAUGCAACAUAUGAGUGCACAGCAACAAGCAAUGAUGCAGGGAAAUAUACCUUCACCAUCCGGAAAUAAUCGACAUAUACCCUCACAAGCAUCACCUCAGCAAAUGGGCCAGGGCGAGGGUGUAAAGGAUGCUCAGGUACCAUCCCAACAAGGAAACUACAAUCCCAAUGUCAUGAAUUACGCACAACAAUCACCUAUGCAAAAGAAUGCUGCUUCUCCGGCACCCAGACGUUCUGUGACUCCUGGAAGCGCAGCAUCUACACCUCUACAACAACAUCGCCAGGUAGAAACACAAGCACAACAACCUCCACAACAGCAUUCACAGUCGCAACCACAAAAUUCAGUGAAGUCAGAGUCACCAGCAAAUCCAUCUCCUGCUAGUCAUCCAGCUAAUCCUAUCAGCAAAACAGACACGCCAUCUCCUAAACCUUCGCCUGGCAUAAAAAGCGAAACUGCCGGUUCACCUGCUCCAACUGCUACUGGCGACAAGGAAAACGCUACCGCAACAGUAACUAUAUCGUAUAUCCCCAAGACACGAAAUGUCGAAACAUAUGGUGGCGUCGAUCUGAAAUAUUUCGACAAGUUUGAUAUCAAACCCAUGAUGCCACAUUUUAACGAACUUGGUACUAUUGACAUACAUGCUCUCAUCAUGUCACUGAAAUCCGGUAUGAAGAUGGAAGUGACGAACGCGCUCAAUGUCCUCACCAUCAUCACAACACAGCACGGAUUGGGCUUAAUGUAUUGCGAUGAUAUGCUGGACGUGCUAUUGGAUUACAUGGAGCAGGAUAUCUUUGGCACAUGUACGCGAUUUGUAACGGGCGAUUUCCCGGAUAUUCCUACGCGCGAGCCGAUCGUAUCUGAAGACGAGCAGCAUAAUCUCACGUAUGCCGAGCUAUUCGACAUGUCUCUAGACGAAAUGAAGAGCCUAAUACCGAAUCUAGAAGACUCAACCUCAGAUUUAUGGCUAUCUUUACGAGAGCGGUGCCUAUGCAUUUUCAACAUUUUCCGCAACCUUUCUUUCACACCUGAUAACAUGGAGUAUCUCGCUAAACAUGAACGCUUUGUUCCGUUGAUGGCUCGCAUUAUGGAUAGCACGCGACACGUGGCACAGAUGGAAGGCAAGGACACUACAGGACACGAAGCAUGGUACAUUGGUGUUCGACGGAUGGACACGCUAGACUUUCGCAAGAGCAUCCUCAUCAUCCUAUCCAACAUUACAAUGAUUCUGCCACUGCGUCGGACCGACAUGGCAGGCACAUUUGUACGGCUGACAUACGACUUUUUGACCUAUGGCCCAGACACCUAUUAUUCGUUACUGGCAGCAGAGAUAUGGGCUAAGGUGACAGUCAACUAUGAAAAUCGCAAAAUAUUUGCCAAAUUGGUGGCAAAAACGUCGAUUGAUGCACUGCGUGGUAUCUGGGUAGAACUGGCGUCGCUUAUCCGACGAGACUUUUUCUUCCUCGACGGGAAAGUCGUAUACAACCUGACAGCAAGCCAGCUUGCAACGCUUGAAUAUACCAUCAUGGGAUUAUACAGCAUCGUGGCCAUUCUCGGUGAAGCUGGUGACGAGCGGAAACUCAAGGAAGCACUGUUUGAAAGCGACCGUACUGUUGCCAUGACGAUUCUCCGGCUCUGCAUCACAUUGGCUGACACCGGUAACCAGCAUUUUGUCGUAGUAACAAAGCGAGGCAUGGAGCUUGUGCGCAAGUUUAUCUGUGGCGAACAGUCUGGACGUCGCCCUGGUGAAAUGGAUGGUCCCGGUGGUGGUGAUGAUAGCGAUAUGCCUCACGAAUAUCUUGUAAAGAUGGCUCACCGAAUGCUGGAUAUGAGUGCUGUACGUCAGAUGCUGAUGAUGGCUAUGUUGCGACCCACGACUGAAGCUGAGUUGUUACGCGACUUGUCAGACCUGGUCAACCUGAUUGAUGGAAACGUUGACACACUGUAG